UGUGGCCUCCCGAGUUCGGUGUGGGUGAGCGUGGCUUCUGGGGGCCCGGGAGCCGGUCUAGGGCAGGUCGCCGUGGCCGAGUCUGACGCGGCCUUCUCGGACCGCCACACGGCUGGGUCUCGAGAGGAUCGGAACGAAUCCAGCUCAACACACCGAAGGGCGUGGGGAGCCGGCGGGGCGGGGACCGUCGCCAUCCCGGGCGGGGGCGCGCGGAAUCUGCGGGCCCGGAAGAACAGGCUGUGCCGCGCCGAGCCGGAAGCGUUGCCCGCGAGGCGGAAGCGGAGGGAGCAGGCUGGUGCGGUGGGAGCCUGUUCUGUCAACGCCUAAGACCCUCGGUCCCGGACGGGGCGGGGCUGUGACGAGAUCCGUCUGGGAAAGGCCAAAAGAGCAGGGCCACUUACGGAAGAAACAAAAUGUCUCAAAAGCAGAUGAAGGAAGCUUUUGUCAGUAACCUCAACGGGACCAGCGUGCUAGAAGUAACUCAGGGCUUGUGCUUCCCUGCAUUCUGUAUCCUGUGUCGGGGCCUUUUGAUCAUUUUCUCACAGCACGUGUGUUCUUUCUCACACAGCUGGAUCACACGCUUCUUCAUGGACUUUGUUGUCCUUGUAGUCCCCUUGGUGAUCACUUUGACUCUGCUGUCUCCGUUUAUCCUACUUGAGAAUCUCACUGCAAUUGCCUGUGGGGCAUGGCUGUUGUAUCAGAUAUACCAGAGGAGGACUUGCCACGCCAAAGUGCCUGCUCAGAAAGUCUUUGCAAACUUCUUGCAAAUCAGCCUAGAAUCAGAGUACAGUCCAGCCGUCACUUAUUACCGGGUCAUUAAUAGUGUGUUUACUGCUAUUGCCAUUUUGGCUGUGGAUUUCCCACUGUUCCCUAGAAGAUUUGCCAAAACCGAGCUUUAUGGGACAGGGGCAAUGGAUUAUGGAGUAGGUGGCUUUAUUUUUGGGGCUGCCAUGGUUUGUCCAGAGAUUAGAGGGAAACAUGUAGAAGGGUCCAGAUUUAAUUAUCUUAGAAAAUCUCUGUAUUCUGUCUGGCCCUUAGUUGUCUUAGGAAUGGGACGGUUAGUCAUUUUAAAAUCCAUAGGCUAUCAGGAACAUUUAACUGAGUAUGGUGUUCACUGGAAUUUUUUCUUUACUAUCGUAGUUGUGAAAUUAGUAACAUCACUUCUUUUGAUUAUUUUUCCUUUGAAUAAGUCCUGGAUUGUGGCUGUUAGCAUUACUGUGUUAUACCAGCUAGCUCUUGACUUUACUCCACUCAAGAGGGUAAUUUUGUAUGGCACUGAUGGUAGUGGCGCGAGAGGUGGUUUACUCAAUGCCAACCGGGAAGGCAUAAUUUCCUCUCUGGGGUAUGUGGCAAUCUACAUGGCUGGCGUGCAAACAGGGUUGUAUGUGCUUAAGAAUAGAACACACAUCAGAGACUGGAUAAAAGGGACUUGUUGUAUUCUCUUAGUGGCUGUUAGCUUUUUCAUUUCUCUUUAUAUAGUUCAAGUGAAUGUAGAAGCCGUAUCUCGUAGAAUGGCCAAUUUAGCCUUUUGUGUGUGGGUGGUUGCUUCUAGCCUGAUGCUUCUUAGCUGUCUGUUACUGAGUGAUAUAAUUUUGAGUUUUGCCAAAUUUCUAAUUAAAGGGGCUCACGUACCAUGUUCUUGGAAACUUACACAGUUGCCUGCUACAAAUAAAAAACAUUCCAAACCUCUAAUCCUAGAAGCUGGGAAAAAAGAGCCCAGUCUUUGUUUAAUCACAGCUCUGAACAGAAACCAGCUCUUUUUUUUCUUACUGUCAAAUGUAACAACUGGUCUCAUUAACCUGACAGUGGAUACACUGCACAGUGGUGCCUCCUGGACUUUAGUUGUGCUUGGUAUUUAUAUGUUUACCAACUGCUUAGUUAUCUAUCUACUUGAUUUACAAGGUAAAACCACAAAGUUUUGGUGAUGAAUUUGUAGUCUAUAUAUUUGAACAGCAUUAUUUUAGUGGAGGAGAAUAAAUGUGAAGGAAAUGUGCUCUCAGCAAUCCAGUCCUUUUUUUUUUUUUUUUUUUUU